AUGGAAGUUCCAGAUCCUCAAAAUGUUCGUAUCAUCACGACACUAGGUCACGUUGACCAUGGAAAGACGACUCUUAUGGAUUCGCUUUUGGCGGCGAACAACAUUAUUUCAUCACGGAUGGCUGGAAAGAUGCGGUACUUGGACAGUCGAGAGGAUGAGCAAGAGCGAGGAAUCACGAUGGAGAGCAGCGCUGUCUCCCUGAAAUUUCAAGUCAUGGGGCGAAAUGAAAGUGGAGAAAGAACACCGCUAUCCUACAUUAUAAAUAUGGUCGAUACUCCUGGUCACGUCGAUUUUUCUGGCGAAGUGUCUACUGCAUCUCGCCUUUGCGAUGGUGCACUCAUAUUGGUCGAUGUCGUAGAAGGCGUGUGCACACAAACCAUUUCUGUGCUUAGGCAAGCGUGGAAAGACGGACUCAAGCCUGUGUUGGUUAUCAACAAGUUUGACCGCUUGAUAACAGAGCUCCAGCUAGCGCCGGUGGAAGCCUACCAUCAUCUAUCCCGGCUAAUUGAACAGGUCAAUGCUGUCAUGGGCGACUUUUUCGCUGGAGAGAGGAUGGAGGACGAUCUCCGCUGGCGGGAAGAACGAGAGCGUAGGUUGGCAGCAAAGAAGGAGACCCACAUCGAUGAGACCGAAGCUACUAUCAAUGACGACGACGAAUUCCAGGAGAAAGAUGACGAAGACAUUUAUUUUGCACCGGAGAAGGGGAACGUCGUUUUCGCGUCUGCGAUUGAUGGAUGGGGCUUCCGUGUCGGGAAAUUUGCUCAACUGUACGCGGUGAAGCUCGGUAUAAAGGAAGCCAAUCUUCGCAGGGUGCUGUGGGGAGAUUUCUUCUUGGAUCCGAAGACGAAGAAAGUCAUCAGUUACAAGCAUCUCCGUGGGCGCGCUCUAAAGCCUUUAUUCGUGCAGUUCGUGUUGGAGAAUAUAUGGGCAGUGUAUGAUGCUGUCGUGCUCAACCCGAAUAUGGAAAAGGUUACCAAGAUUACUUCUGCCCUCAAUUUAAAGAUUCCUCCUCGCGAUCUGAAGUCAAAGGAUACUCGGCAUCUUCUUUCUCUUAUCUUUUCGCAAUGGCUUUCUUUGUCUACGUGCAUCAUACAGUCGGUGAUCGACGUCGUACCGGCUCCCCCAGUCGCCCAAGCAACUCGAAUACCGAAAAUGCUUUACCCAGAUCUUCCGGAGCCGCCUCUUCAGCCAAAGAAUAAGCUUGAAGAAAACCUGUAUACAGCCGAUCAUAGUUCGGACGCGUACAUCUGUGCAUUCGUCAGCAAGAUGUUUGCGGUAUCCGAUAAGGACCUGCCAGAGAAUCAAAAGAAAGCCAUGACUGCCGAGGAGAUGAGAGUAAGAGCCCGUGAGGCUCGAGAAGCCCGACAGCAUGGCCAAGCAGAAGGCGGCACAGAAGUGGCGCCGUCCGGUGUUGAUAUUUCUCCUAGGACAGGGGAUACCAACACCGAUGAGCCAAAACAAAACUCGGAGAUCAUACUGGGUUUUGCGCGCCUGUAUUCUGGCACCAUCAAGACCGGUGCCACGAUUUACUGUGCGCUUCCGAAGUAUAAUGCCUCAUUGCCCUCCACACACCCGCAUAACGUCAAGUAUCUCAAGACGGCGACUGUGGAGGGCCUCUAUGUGAUGAUGGGUAGGGAAUUGACUGCUGUAGAUUCUGUUCGGGCUGGGAAUACUUUCGCAAUCAGAGGCCUAGAAGGGAUUGUGUGGAGAAGCGCCACUCUAUGUGCGCCUGGUAAAAAUGGUCUCGAGCAUACCACGGCGCUAGAAUAUUUCAUGAUCAAUCUUGGACGUGUUGAUCGUUCUGUACCACCCAUUGUUCGUGUCGCGGUAGAAUCUCUACUCCCUGCGGAUAUGCCCAAGGUUAUCAGCGGUUUGAAAUUACUUGUGCAAUCGGACCCGUCUGUAGAGUCUUUCCAACAACAGACGGGUGAGCAUGUUAUUGUUGGAGCGGGCGAAUUACACUUAGAGAGAUGUUUGAAGGACCUCCGUGAACGAUUUGCCAAGGUAGAAAUCCAGGCGUCUAAGCCCAUCGUUCCUUUCCGUGAGACAGCAGUCAAAGGUCAAGAUAUGCCUCCGCCAAAAACGUCCGGUAGCCCACGCGGUACAAUGAAAGGUGCCAGUUCACAAGGUAUUGCAACAUUUUCCAUUCGCGCGUGUCCUCUUCCCAAGGCGAUCCUGGAGUUCAUUUUGGAUAAUCUUCUCAUCUUGAAGACCUUGGAACGGGAUCGUCGGUCCGGUGAUUCCGCGACAACUUCGGAGGAAUUAGACCAGGAUUCCGUAGACAUGAAUGGGGAGAUCUUCAGGAAGCCUACCGUAAAAGCAGAGCAAUUUUGGCCUACCCUGAAUGAUGUACUUAUGAAGGUUGGUGGGGAGUGGGGAGGUGUUUUGGAUCGGAUAUGGACGUUUGGUCCUCAGCGAGCAGGCGCUUGCAUACUGAUUGAUGCGCGGAAGACGGGAUCAAUACGAUCACUCAAACAGCGUCUCGAAAGAUCGAGAGUAGGAGCAACUGAUGUUGAUGGCGACAAGAGUCUCUAUGACUUUGAUGAUUGCAUUGAAACCGGGUUUCAACUGGCUACUUUCCAAGGUCCUCUCUGUGCGGAGCCGGUUGAAGGGAUGGCAUUUUUCUUGGAGGACCUGACCAUCGACAGAGAAGGGCUUAACAAAGAGAUCGAACAGAACCGAUUAGCGCAGGUAACGGGCUCAAUGAUAACAUCAGUCAGAGAUGCAUGCAGGAAUGGUCUCCUCGAUUGGUCCCCUCGGCUGAUGCUGGCUAUGUAUACCUGUGACAUACAAGCAUCCACGGACGUUUUGGGUAAAGUUUAUGGCGUUGUUGCAAAGCGCCGGGGACGGAUAGUAGCGGAAGAGAUGCGAGAAGGUACAUCUUUCUUCACGGUCUCGGCGUUGCUUCCCGUAGUGGAGAGCUUUGGGUUCGCGGACGGUGAGAAUGAUGGCUCUAGUGUGCUUAUCAAAUUAAUUUCCGAGCUGAUAGACAUACGAAAACGAACGUCCGGGGCAGCAAGUCCUCAACUCAUAUUCAGCGGGUAUGAAAUGUUGGACCAGGACCCUUUUUGGGUCCCGACUACUGAGGAGGAACUAGAAGAUUUGGGUGAAAAGGCAGAUCGCGUGAAUAUAGCCAAGGCUUACAUGGAUGCUGUCCGGGAUCGCAAAGGUCUGUUUGUGGACCGGAAGAUCGUCGAAUUCGCAGAGAAACAAAGGACGUUGAAACGUUAA